ACGAAUUAUUCGACUCUCGAAAACAGAGAUGACGUAACUGGAACACACACACGUCAUUCUCAAAUAUAAAUGUGGCGUUGGGCGGUGCCAUGUGUCACCAAUACGAUCGAUAAUUGUUCUCUUGAUAAGUAGCGGUUAAGUCGAUCAGAUACACUUACCCAUGCUCAUCGUUAAUGAAUAUUUAUUUAUUUUAUUAUGCUCGUUACAUUUCAAGCAUUGUUUUGUUCUGAGUACAUGAGAAAAUGUUGAUCGAAUAGAAGAAAGAGGUUAGGACAGCGCUCUCAUUUUGACAGGCGCAAGUUGCGGACUGUGGUGGGACAAUAAAGAAGUCGGUUAAGAAGCCGUGCACCAGUCUGUGUUUAUUCAUCGUUGAAUCAGCUCAAGCUUCCGUUUUAUCGCUACUUCAGUAUUUUUUUUCCAUUGGAAUACGUUAUUUUACAUAGAUACAAGAUACGGGAAGAUUAACUUUCAAAAUGGGUGAUGGCAAAAUAGAAAUUGUUGUUAUGACUCCAAAAUGUAAGACUGCAAAUUCAACAACAAUUAUAAUAGAGAGGCAAGCUGUAGAACAAUUGAUGGAAAAUGGAAAUGAGAAGAAUGUUCAUGUUGCUGGAGGAGAUCAUAAAGGAAUAAUUAUUAACAAACAAGCUGCUGCUGUUACAAAUGGUGAAAUACAUCCAGCACAUCUUUGUUUACAAUUUAGAGUAUUUUUAGUGAGUGGUCAAACUGGGAAACAUACUCAAGAAUCCAGAACUCUCCAAUUUUGGUUUAUAGAUACACUUUUAGAAACUGAACAUCCAAGUGUAGCACAAGAAUUUUUCAGGGAGUUAGUCAGUCCUCAAGAAUUUCCACGAGAUUAUGUUGGAUUUAUUACAAAAAUAAUGAAGUUGAUGUAUCGCAAAUAUCCUAGCAUCAAAAAGAUAGAAGUAGAAUUGAAGCAGUUAGAAGAACCAGUCAAUCUUCCAGCCAGGCCGUUAUCUACGGAUGAAACAGUCAUGGGUCAAGUGAUCGAACUGACGUUGGAAAAGGUGUUAGAGUUAAUUGAAUCUGCUUAUCCAAAUCCAGUGACGGUUAUUGACUUAGCAAAAGAACAUGGUUGGGAUCCCCCUGCCGUUGAAGCAAAACUAAAAGAAUUACAAACAAAAGGUGUUGUUAAAGCAAUGGAGCAUGGAGCUUAUACAAGAGUAGUACAUCAAGAUACACAGAUUCAAGUUGUAAAACAAAUGCCAACAAUGGCGAGUGCAAAACAACCCACUAUAGCAAUUAUUACAGCACAGUAUUGCGAAAAACUGGCGGUUGAUUCAAUGAUUGAAAACAAGGAAACAUUUGUUCGUUACACUACUGUUGGUACGGCAAGCUCAGCAGAUGUAACAGAUGGAGUACUUCGCGUGACAUGCCGUUUUGGGGAGUCAAAUGUUUAUACAUUAGGCAACAUUGGUGCGCACAGAAUUGUAUGCACGAAAUUGCCUACUGUAGGCCAUACCAGAGAAGCAAUGACUGCAGCAGGAAACACAACUACCAGAUUAUUGGGUACAUUCCAAAAAGUAGAUUUUGUUUUCCUAAUUGGAAUUGGUGGAGGUGUACCUCAUUACACAGAUUAUAAUAAACAUGUGAGACUUGGGGAUGUUGUUAUUUCACAUCCUACUCCUCUUAAUAAAAAAUAUAUUUAUGUGUAUUGUGAAAGUGCAAAAAUGAACGAGAAUGCUAAUUACCAUUUUGAAACUAAAGAAUAUUGUCCACCAAAUUUAUGUCUUCAAGAAAUAGCUGCUAACCUCAAGGAACAGUCUGAAAAUGAAACAACUCCACCAUGGCAAACGUACCUAAAAGAAGGUUUAGAUAUUCUAAGCAAUCAAACAGAACAUGAUUUUAAAGCACCACCUCCAGAAUCUGAUAAAUUGUACAUGGCUAUUGGCGAAAGGGAUGUAAUUGAAGUGGCACAUCCCACUCCACUUUCAGACGCAACAAAUAAAAGAACGGAUGGUUGCUCCAGAAUUCACUUAGCACCAAUAGCAUCCGGCAGACAUAUUGCUCGUGACGAUCAACUCAGGCAGAAAUUUGCAGCUCGCUUUGGAGCACUCGCCUUCGACGCAGAAAUGGAUGCUGUGGUGGAAAGUAUUUUAGGUAACUGUCGCGAGAGUUUCACCGUUAUUCGAGGUAUUUCUGACUACAAAGAUGGGUCACGUAUAAAAGAAUGGCAGCCGUAUGCAUCUUUGGCUGCUGCCAGCGUAAUGAAAUCUAUAAUUUGCGCCAUGGAUCCACCAACUAAUGUCUAAGAUCAUGCAUAAUGUUCUCACAGUUUGCAUUUGUAAGGUGGACCAAUUGUUUCAAUUAGUAAAAAAUGGCCGUAGUUUAAAUGGUGCACAAGUUGCACAUUAAUCCUUAAUAAACAUUAUAAUUAUUCAUUAAUUUAUAUUUCAAGUUGCAACUUUAUGUAACGUGAAUCGGUCAUUUAUUCUACGAUCAACAAGAAAGUGAGAUCGUCCUAAAAAGAUAUCAUAGUCAGAAAGUAUCUUGCACAAGUUGCAUUUUAAUUAGGAAAGUGAUAGCUAACACAAGGAACUCUCUUAGGAAUAGAAAUACAAAAUGAAUUCGAAAUACUUACGCUUUCAAAUGAUUUAUAUAUCGCUCAACAAUUUCAUAUUUGACUGAUAAAAGUAAUUAUUCUUUUGUCUUACACAGAGGUCAUCUUUUACAUUUCGCAUUUAUAUAUGUAUUAACAAUUUUGAAGUUAAUGAUCUAGCAUUUUUGUCGACUUACGAACACAUUUUUACAGAUUUAUUCAUAUACACUUUAUAUAUUUAAGGACGCGUCUAUUAUUACUUUAUAUCAUUUAAACAGAACAAUAAUCUAAGAGAGAAAUCGGUUUAGUGAUCCUAAGACUGGUGCCAUUUUUAUUCUGUGCCGCACAUGUAGAUUUCAUAAAAAUCUCUUUUACAUAGAGUAAAAAUUACAUAAAAAUAAAAACUUAUAAUAUUUUCAAAUAGUUUAUAGCUUAAGUGUUAUAAUAAUGAGGCUCUCGAAUAUAUCAAAUCUUAUCGGACAGGAUCCGAAGUAUAGUAGGGAUGAGAAACUAUUGAAAGCUUUAAAUGAAGCCUCGAAAUAGUCAACGAGACAAUUUAAGUCCAGAGUAUGAUACCUGAAAUUGAAGGCAGAUAGUACAUUUGUCAGUAUUCGUCUAAACAUGAUGAAAAGUUCGUUACAAUAUUAUCUUAAAUAUUACACGUUUCUCAGAGUAUAUCGUCGUUUAAAAACAGAUAUAUGCACUAUACCCAUGCACCAAAUGCAUUUGGACUUAAAGAAAAAGAAACAUAAGUGAAACGGUGUUUUGUAAGUCUCAUUUCGAAAUCUUACAAAUUUAUUUUAGUUUUUUCCGAUUUUAAAGUAAUGAAAAUAGAGUAACAAAAAUCAAAUGCAAUUUUACGAAAUACGUAUUAUUAUACGUAUUAUAAAUCUAACUCAUCACUCUCUAAGUAGUAUUGUAUUUCGUCUCAUUUUACCAAAAAUAUCUUGUUCGUCUAGCGAUAAACGAUUAAAAUUAUUAAAUAUUUAACGAAAAAUAACCAUGUUGCAUUAAUGACUGAGCUAUUAGUAAGUACGUCAAUCAAACAUGUUAAAAUAUGUAUCAUUUCGUAUCACAAGAAAAAUUUUUGUCCUUUUUGGUAAAAUGUGAUGGAGUUUACUAUUAAAGCAAAUAGUGUAAAACAUCAAAAUAAUUUCGAUUUAAUUCAGUAAUAUCUUUCUGACGUGUAUUGUCAUCACAUGCGCCUUUUUGUAAAAUUCAAAUCUUCUAUUUGAGAGUUAAUCAGUUAAAUUAUUUUUAAUAUUUCGUCGAUUUUUUACUUUUUGAGUAUUUUAUAAACCAGAAUAAUUUUGUAUGAUAACCGAGAAUAUUUUUCUCAAGUGUUUCAUAUAUAUUUCAGUUUACUUUGAUUCUUAUUAAUAAAUUUCAUAGUCGUAAAUCAAGAAAUCAUAAACUUUUUCUUUUCUAUAUGCCGUGUUUAAUUAAUUUUCUACUGCAUAUAUUUAAGACUCAAUUAUAAUAAUAUAAAUCAUCUUAAAAUAACUUAUUUAAAAGUGUAUUAUCAUAAUAAAAUGGUUCUGGGCCUUGACAUUUACUCAUGACCAAAACAGAAUUAUGAGAAGUUGUUAGCGUACUAUUGUAUACGCUACCUCCCGAGAGUCUGAUCGCAUUAUCCAGAAUAUGAAUUUCGCACGUCCUACUAUAUUAAGUUAUCUUUUGUGAGAUCUGUGUGCGCUUUCAAAUCACAAAAGAAUAAAUUCAGGAUAAAAGAAUGAAUUUAAAUAUAAUUGCUAGUAUAUAAAUAAGUCGUAUGUUCAUUUAAUUUUGUUGUAGUAUAUUUAAGAGUUAAAAAAAUCUGUCUUACUGAUUUUUCUGUUGUGUUAUAAUUUUAUAUUUUAAUAAACUGUUAUAUAUUCAUAUAUUUUAUUUUGUUAUAAUAUUCUUCAAUAGUCUAACAUUUUUCUUUAAAUUUUCAUGCGAAUUGAUACACCAAAGUUUUGAAAAUUUAACAGUUUUUGUAUUGAAAAUUCAGGCAAAUGCGAUUAAACUUUUGGGCAAUAUUAUAUUUAUCAAACAUAUUGAAAGAAACGUACAAUUACUUAAUGGUUACUAAGGUGCCAAUGUGUUCAACAAAUGUGUUGCAAGGAUGAUGAGAACCUCUUUUAAGAUGAUAAAUAAACAUCAUUUCUGGAGCAAACUAUAAUAAAUCGUGUAAUUAAAAUUCUUCGUUCAAAUGAUAGUGAUAAUUGUUAAUUUUCACCGACAAAUAACAAUUGUUUUUUUUCAAUUGUACUUCCUAUUUGAAUAAUUUAUCUUUUAGAAGAAGGUUCUCUGCGGCUUACACAGUCAAACAAGUACUGAAUUUGCACUGCCUCUUGAUAAUUCUGACGUGAAUUUUUAGGAUUGUAAACAUUUAAAUGAUUUUUAAGAAUACCAUUAAUUGUUUCUUUUGAUAAAGUUCAACAUAACUUCCUCGCAUUUCAAUGUCUUUCUAGAUUCUAAAGCACAGGGUAGUAUAUAAAAAUUUUCUAUUUAAGUGAUGUUUAAAUAUAUAUCGAAUUCGAGCAUAAAUCUAAACAAGUAGAAAAGUAGUGCAUAUAUACAAAUUCAUAAAUGUAUAGUUAAUAGUAUACAAAUCUUAUGAUUCUGAAAUUUCUGAAGUUUCAGGUAUAUCACCAAUCGUGUAUUUAUUUUAAUCUCUGUAUAUUUACUUAUUUAUUUCUAUUCAAAAAAUAAUCUGUUUGUAUAACAGAAAAGAGACACUACUUUUCUUUUAAGAAUGUUAUUUAUUUUUUUAUUAAUUUAUGAAUAUAGCGUUGACGUAUAUUUAAAAGAAAAAAGAAAGCGAAUAAAUAGAUUUCUAAUGGUAGAAGGACCUCAGAUCAAUAUAAUUGACGAAAAGAAUCACUUGUUGCACAGAUGCACAUUUUUCAAAUUCUAUGAAGUAUAUAGAGAGUGACUAUCGUAUAUACGUAUUAUACUAUAAGUAUAUCCAAUAGGUAAACGUAGACAUAAACAUAUUUAAAAUAUUUAUUACAUAUUUUGUAGUUGUAAGACAAAUAGUCAUUCUUCAUUCAAAACUUACAUUGAAAAAGUAUUCCCAUAUACGUUAGUACUCAAAAGUAUUUAAUCAUUUGCUGUACAUUCGUCAGAAACGAAAGAUGGUCAAAUAUAAAAUUGAUGAGGUUUCUUUUAAUUAAAGCACUUCUUAUUACAUGUGCAAUCUGAGAAUUUGAUUUCGUAAAUAAUUCGAAAAGUUUGUUUAUUUUACACAGUGAAUAUUUUAUACUUUUGAGCACCAAAGUGUAUUGUGAUUGCUACUAUAUAAUUCCGUUCAUCCGGUUACAGAUUCCUACUUAAGGCCUAAACACCAUUUAUGUACAAAGCCUCUCAACAAUCUCUGUUACCAAAAACAACAAAUUCCUCAUAGAUAGUUUCCAUAUUCAUUAUAAAAUAUUUUAUACAUUUUAAAUUAUAAAAAUAACGAAUUAAGGUGUAGCAAUUUAACAUGUAAUUGAUAUUUUACUGAUUGUGAGUAUCGAACAUGCAUUGAAAGAAUAUUUUACAAUUCGAUGUGUCACUGCCUGUGUAUUUACAGAAGAUAAUCAUUUUAAGCAAUGGAAACGAUAUUUGUAUGUUGGGAAUGCGUUAAAUAUUGGUCAAAUCAGUUACCAACGAAUAUAGUAACAACGCGAAUUAAGGUUCAUUUUUACAUAAAAAGAAACAAAUUAAAUGGAAUGUUUAUUAUUGUCGAUUCUUAGCGAAAUUGAUUCCUUUGCGGAAGAAUGGAACAUAAAGUAAUUUUAUAUAGAAAUGGACUUAUUGAGAGGUUUUCUAUUACAAAUAGUACCGAUUUUGUAAUUACGUUUAAGCAGAGCUUUCAAGCUUUCGAUUUUUAACCGUCUAUUUGCUGUUCAUUACCCUUAAAGAGAGAUAUUCAUAAAACCUACUGUACUCACUGGAAGAGAGAAAUUUAUUCAUCUUGCAUCAAAUGCUGUUCGUUUACUUGUAUAUUAAAGGAAGGAUAAAGAGAGAAAAUUUAGUUACUUACUGCUUUAGUUGAAAGUGGUUUUUCCUGUUUUUUCAAAAUAUGGCUUUCCUAAAACAUUGAUAAACAAUAGACAAAACCUUUAUAUACAGGCAUACUGCAAGAUGCACUCCAUUUAGGAUCAGAUAAAUUAAUGAACGAUUUAUUACCUGAAAAAUCAAAUUUACAUCGUCAUUUCCGCGAGGUCUGUCUGCAAGGCAAAUGAACAAUAUGCGUACAGUAGGAUCUUGAUUAAUCAGGUCGCCAUUUUCCGCGGUUUUGGUGUCUCAAGUUCCCAAAUUACACGUUCAAAUAUAUACGAUUAAAUUUUCCAAAGAGUUCCCAUCUUUCGUGAGUUGUCCAAUUAAAUCGGCUAAUCAAGGUUCUCCUGUAUUUGCGUUAGUAUCACACAUUUUUAAUGCUAGUCGCACUAUUGUGUUUUCUAACUACUUAUGUAUAGUGCUUAUACAUUAAUUGUAAGCGAGAAAUACAAUGGGUAUACGUUCACUUACGUAUUAUUUAAAAGAAUCUUAUUAUAGCUUCCUGAAUAACAUACACAAUAUCUUUCAAUGAUUCACGUUGUUACUUAGAGUCAUGUCCGUAGCAGCUUCCAAACUUUAUCACACGCCAUCCUAAUUUUCGAAUCAUUGAAGGGCAUUGCGCAAUUGCAAUAAAACUGGAGCUUUCUUCAAUUACAAGUGAAAUCUUUCCACCCUGCGAUCAAAAACACACCAUGCGUUGAACGCCGAUUUUUAAGCUCCCUAUUGUAUUCGCCUAUCGUAAACGUGUCAACGCUUUACCGUGACGCGUUUAUACGUUUGGGUUAUAUCGAAAGUAACACAGAACCGUUGAAUUUGAAUAAAUCUUGUAGAAUUCUAUUGGGUGUAUUGCGAAACUUCCGGUCGCAGUCGCGACCACCGAUUAGGGUUGUAAUAGUCUACAGGGGAAACGGAAACGAAGUGUGUUGUAUUUAAUUGUAAGUUACUUCAACGCGGAAGAGAAACUGUGAUAGUGUCUGGGUUUUCCUGCGCGAAGUAAAGUUGAUACACGGAGGAUCUUAAUGUUAAAUAAACGAACACCGUCGACCCUUGUUCAUUUUCUUAUGAAACACGGAUCAUUAGGGAACUAUGUGUAAAGCAAAAUGGCAAAUAUACGUGAGUUCUAAGCAAUGCAUUCAAUCGGAUGCGUACGUGUGUAUUUAUUUCACCGGAUAUAAUCAACCGGAAGCGUUAUCCCGAUCGUAGUGUCUAAUGAUGAAUAGCGGUUGCUCUUCUUCUGUCCAUUGUGUACAUAGGCAAGCGACGGUUGGAGACAUUUAUAAUUUAAUGGAUUGAAACGCACAGAGAUUAUACGCAGUAUUCUCUCAGUUAAUUGCAGCUUUGCAUAAUUAAUACAAUCAUACAAAGAUACAGGCGGCACUUAGCUGUCGCUUUACGUAACAAAGGCUUCCUGCUGUGGCGGAGUUAGUGGUCUUAUACGGUACAAAAAUUGACAAAGCGGAAUUAGUGACGGAAUAUUGUGUUUAAUCGUACAAUUCGAAUUCAAUAUUUUAAUUGAAUUAAGACACGUAUCGAAUUCGAAACGUAUGGUUUGGACGUUUCGAAGAAGGGGGAAGCAAAUCGGUUUCAUUACAAUGAUAGCGGACAGUAUGAUACGUUUUAUUAAUAUAGUAGCUCUUUUUGAAGUAAAUAUUUUUCAAUCGUGAAAAACAUGUUUUUCAUUCUGAAUUUUGAGAUACGAACGAGUGCCGAUAAAAGGAAUGCUUGAAAUCAGCGGACUCCUGUUUGCCAUGGCUCAAAAUAUUUGUAUUUAUACUUGGGGGCCAAUUUUGCAAAAUUUCUGACAACAGUUCGUUGCACUA